AUGAAAAUCUUCAAGAAAUUGGAGAUUAAUAUACACUUCUCUGAAGCUCUGCAACAAAUGACUUCAUAUGUUAAAUUUUUGGAGGAGCUCCUCACAAAGAAAAGGAAGUACAUUGACGAAGAAACUAUUGAAGUUCAAGGAAUCUCUAGUGUUAUCAUACAAAAGCUCCUACCCCCCAAGUAUAAAGAUCUAGGAAGUUUCACCAUUCCCUACACUAUAGGGAAUAUCUCUAUUGGAAAAGCACUUAUUGAUCUGGGAGCCAGUAUUAAUCUCAUGUCGCUAUCCAUGUUUGAAAAGAUUGAGGGGUUGGAACUCAAGCGUACUCGGAUGACUCUUCCACUUGUAGACAAAUCUCUGAAAUAUCCUUAUGGGGUGGCUGAAGAUGUGCUUAUGAAAGUAGAUAAAUUUCUUUUUCCUGUGGACUUUGUCAUCAUGGAGUUGGAGGAGGAUUUGAAUGUACCUCUUAUUCUUGGGAGACCUUUUAUGAAGACAGCAAGAGUUUUGAUUGAUGUGGAAAACGGCAAACUAAAGGUGAGAGUGCAAGAUGAAGAAGUAAAUUUUGAUGUCUUUAAAGCCAUGUCUCACCCAAAAGAUGAUAAGGAAUGUUUUCAUCUUGAUGCUUUUGAUGAAAUUUGUAUGAUCCAAGAAAACAACGCAAGUGAUACUCUUUCUUUGGAGGAAAUACUAGUUGACACUUGUGAAGAGCUGAAUGAAAAAGAAGAGGAAUUAAUUUAUGAGUUCUUCAUUGAUUUGGAAGAAUUAAAAAAGGAUCCUUUCCAAAAUACAGAAGAAAAAGCCAAGGAAAGCAAAAAGGAGUUGAAGAUGUUACCACCACACCUGAAAUAUGUGUUUCUAGAAGAAGGUGGGAACAAACUAGUCAUCAUUAACAACUCUCUGUCUCCCAAAGAAGAAGAAAAGUUGGUAGAAAUACUCAAAGCCAACAAAAGAGCAAUUGGAUGGUCAAUCUCAUAUCUCAAAGGUGUAAGUCCAACAUAUUGCAUGCACAGGAUAUUCAUGGAAGAUGAUUACAAACCAGUUGCCCAACCAUAG